AUGGGUCCUCAGAAUACAAUUGCCCAACCUAAGGCAACUUUCGAAAAUCCUUCCGUUCAAUUUUUUUUCAAAGUUCUAUCAUUUUGCUGCUCAACUGGAAAUGAAACUUCCGAGAUGUGCACUGCAACCCCUCUACUUCGCAACUAUGGACAAAUUCGACCCUGUAAUUUUUCAUGCUCUGCAACUGACCUAUUGAAAUGGACAGAAUCACAGCGGCGACGGGCGCAGACAGUUCACAAGUUUUGGCUGCCUCCACCAGUUGAGAUCGAAGGCAUCACAUGGGCUACGCCUCUUUGGGUUACCAACCGUCUGAAAUCACUUCGUGUCACCUCCGGCCUUCAACGUCACUGGCUAGACGAAUCAGGUCAAUCCGACUCUAAAAUCAACUCUAGUAGUGCCGAUUCAACACAAUCCCUAGACGCUCCCAAUGGAGCUGAAAGUGGCGGUGUUAGACAGCGUGCUCUCUCUGAUCCUCGCGCUCCUGGUCUGUCAUUAUUUUUCCAACAGACCCCGUCAAAUCCCCAGACGUCCGUACAACAACGUGACCAGCCACCCAGUACCCCCUCUGUUCGUCAUUCGGUGGCCUUCUUUGACACCCCCGCAACUCCUCGUCUAGCUAUCCCACCUUCCACCCCUUUGCUCUCGGCAACACCAGUUUCGAUUAAGGACAAGAAUCGGGCCAUAUUUGAUCUACCUCUUAUUGUAAGAACUGCUCCCUGA